AGAGAUUCAGAAACAAUCUAAGCGGAAAGGAAGUCGUAGUGAAACAAUUCCAGCUGAGGCUGAUGAUGCAUCAGCCAUAGAAACAGUCACAAGGAGUGCACCCUUUGAUCUUAGUGUCAUAUCUCAUGUUCCAGCUGAGACAUGUAUGUUUCCUUUCUUUGAGGACAGGACUCAAGAUGCUUUUGAAGAAACAACUAUCAUUGAACCAGAUGCAGAAAAUCCCAAGGGAGCUGACACCAACUCUUCUGAUGAAACACGAUAUAGUCUAGUCCAGAGCUACCAGGAGUGUCUGUCUGACAUGGUGGAGUUCCUUGAGAAGAGAGCAGCUCACCUGGAGGAAGUUGGACCAUCCAGUCGAAGAAAACUUGUGAAGAGACUGACUCGGAAAAAGGCUAGAAUAGAAGACCUUUUGAUUGAAGUAUCUGAGAAAAAUGAGAAAAAAGAUACCAGUGGGUCCAGCAUGUUUCCAAGACGACGGAAGCUUGAGGGUCACGGAGCUUCCAGAAUGUUGCAGAGGCUGUACAAGACUCUAAUGAUUCAGACUGCCGAGUGUGUCCAAGAGCGACUGGAUGAGACAAGUUUUGAACUGCAAGUGACCUUCAAGCAGGACGAAGACGUCAACCAGGGUGAGGAACAAAUGGAUGUGCCUGACGAAGAGCUGGAGGGUGGAGAAUCCAGUGAUGAUAAACCUGAGACAUGGAAAGACAUAUCUGUUGUCGUUAAGUACUCAGCAGAGACCCAGAGUGGCAAGGAGGAAGGAGACUUCAAGGUCAAGGAGCAGAUAUCCAGUAUGGUACAGUUCCUGGAUUCCAGGAUCUCUCAGCUUCAAGGAGAAACCAGUGAUGUCCACAGAAUCCUUAAAAAGACAAUCAAGAAAAUCAAAAAGAAAAUGCUGAUAUUAUCAUAAGUCUAGGGAUCCAGUCUAAGUAAACUUAGACUCAGUAUUAUUCGUUACACUGCUGUACUGAGUCUAACAAAACCUUGUGGAAGGUCGCGUCAGAUAACCUUUUCAAUUGACCAAUCAG